AUUUGUUAUAUUACUUCUUUAUUUCUGGUUGGUACUUUUCAUUUUUAGCUUCCAAAGUCCUUGGAAGUCUCUCUGCUACUCUCUACUUCUAUUCUUAGCAGUCAUUUUUUUAAUUAAAAAAAAUGCAACUUUCUGCUAUGUUUUCUGAUAUUAUUACUAUUUUUUUGGCUUUUAUUUUAACAAAAACAAAAAUUUUGUGAUGCAUUUUAAGGAUUCCUAUUGUUUCACUUCUAGCUUUCCUUUUACUUUCUACUGUUGGUUUCUUUGAAAUUUUACAAUUUGAAGGUACCCAAUAAAAGAUGUAUGUAAAUUAAUGGUUUUUUUUAAUAAAUUUUUAAUUUCUAACACAGUGCUUAUUCUCUAAAGACAGUAAUUUUUGACUUGUUGCUCUUGUUUUGCUUGAUGCUGUCAUGAAAUAAUUUCUCUUUAAGGGUGCCUCAAAUUCAUAGUGAAAAAGAGAAGCUUAAAAGGGUUGUGUGGGUGAAUAGAGGUGUUUGGAGAAGUAGAAGAAAUCUAGAAGUGACAGUUUGUAUGGACUGGAACUUGAAAGCACCUUCUUGGGAUUUGUCAGAAUUGGAACAAGGAGCAUUUCCUAACAUAGAAACAGUUAGUGGGUCAAGUAGUUUUGGAGAUCAUAGAGCCCAAAGGGGGGAUUUUUCAGUUGAUUUGAAGCUUGGUCAGGUGGGAAGUUCAGGCAAUGAGUCAGUGAAUAAAUGGAAGGAGCCUGGAGUCUCAAAAAUGGCAUCACCACCUUCAGGGUCAUCGAAGAGAGCAAGAGCAGCCAAUAAUGGAACUCAGCCAGUGUCAUGCCUAGUUGAUGGAUGCACUUCAGAUCUUAGUAUUUGCAGGGAUUACCAUAGGCGCCACAAGGUGUGUGAGCUCCAUUCAAAGACUCCACAAGUAACCAUCUGUGGUCAGAAGCAAAGAUUUUGCCAGCAGUGUAGCAGGUUCCAUUCACUGGAGGAAUUUGAUGAAGGGAAGAGAAGCUGCAGGAAACGUCUUGAUGGACACAACAGAAGGCGAAGAAAGCCUCAGCCAGAACCCAUGUCUCGAUCUGGGAACUUUUUGUCUAAUUACCAAGGUCCCCAAUUCAUACAAUUCUCCGGUACACAUGUAUAUCCCUCCACCACUGUGAUGAGCCCUGCCUGGACUGGAGUUCUCAAUACUGCAGCAGAUGCUAGGCUUCCUAACCAGCAGCAACAAUUACAGUUACUUGAUAAACAGAAACCAUAUAUUGGAUCAUCCCCUAGCACUAGCAGCUAUAUAGGCGGAGGGAAACAACUCUCAUUCUUGCAAAAUGGCAGCACCACGCUCAACAAUCAAUUAUCUCUUGAGGCUCCUGUCUGCCAGCCGCUUCUGAGGACCAUUGCUUCGGAAGGUGAUAGGGCUAGGAGCAAAAUGUAUUGUGACAGGUUAACAGCUCGAGUCCAUGACUCGGAUUGUGCUCUCUCUCUUCUGUCAUCACCUCAGUCACAAUCAUCCGGGCUCAAUUUGAGCCAUGUAAUGCAUCCUAACUCAGCCUCCCUAGUGCAGCCUUUAGGCCCAAGCCUACAUGGUGACAGUACUUUAGAGCCAAUGGAUUCAGUUCUGGUUUCAAAUGGCAGUGGUAAUAAUGUACAUUGCCAGGGAAUGUUUCUCAUGGGGUCUGAUGGAUCACAGGGAAAUCAAACCCCUCAAAAUCUUCCCUUUCAUUGGGAGUAAAUUAAGGUAUUACUUUCUUUUACUUUUGUUGCAUAAUGAAUCCGGAUUUCCUUGUUGAUGAUCUUAACUAUUUUUUUUUUUUUUUCAUUUUUUUCCUAAAGUUGAGAUGGUUGGUUAUUGAAUUUCUUUCAUUUAUGAACAUAAUCACACUACCCUUAUGUUUCUCAGAGUAACUGUAAUGGAUUCUGCAUUGGGAUGUUGCGAUGAUUUUAAGUAAUACUAAAGUUUCCAUAUUUUUAAA